AUGUUGGGAAUGCACGCGCUGCCUUUGCGCGUUCUAUCGCCCCAUGGGCCAAUGACGAACAAGCACGAGGCCGUUACUCUGGACAGUAGCCUGCCUCUACAAGUCGGACACUUCUCCUCGAUACAGUCGUUACGAAACAGCGUAUGGUUGUUGAUCGUGGAAAAUUCGCCAGUUAUAUUCACGCCAUGUAGAUUGUUCAGGACAUCUCAUUCCUUAUCAACAUCCUCAAGCUAUCGCCGAAGCCCCUACGCAGCACUAAUAUGGGCAUCAUCAGCAGUAGCACCAAACGGUCCAUGGAUGCCUCCCAGCCCUCACCUGACGCAUCUAGACGCAUUACGAAGAUGUAUCAACCGCAACUCCACAAGUGGUCCGUUGAUGAGAUCGAGUCCUUCUGCCGCGAGAUCUGGACAUUUUGCGGCCUGGUCUACACCAAACCCACAACAGCCGUCGCCGUUGGCAUCGAAUCCGCGAUGGUUCCCGGGCGCCCGGCUUAACUACACAGAGAACGUACUGAUCAAAGGGUUAGCCGCUCACCCGGACGCGGUCGCUGUGUCCGCGUGUCGCGAGGGGGGAUCGCGAUGGCGCCAUCUAACGUGGAUGGAGCUCCGGCGGCAAGUCGCCUUGUACACCAGUGCCUUGAGACAUGCGGGAGUGAAGCAAGGGGAUCGCGUGGCGACCGUGGCGACAAAUUCGAUCGAAUCGCUCCUCAUUCUACUUGCGGCCGGCACCGUCGGGGCCAUCUUCUCGUCCACGGCUCCGGACAUGGGGGCUAAGGGCAUCGUCGAGAGAUACUCUCAGAUCCAACCCAAAGUCAUAUUUCUCGAAUCCACAGUCCUAUACGGAGGAAAGACGCAGGACCAACGAGAAAAGCUCAAGACGGCCGUUAGAGAGCUAAAGAAACGGGUAAAGCAGCUAAAGCGUGUUGUUAUCAUGACAGGGCCGGCCUGGGAGGACACAGGCCUCUCCAGCACCACCGGGCCGCCGAAAUGUAUCUGCCACGCUGGAGGAGCCGUCCUUCUUCAGCAGAAAAAGGACCUGAUUCUUGGUGCCGAUCUAGGAGAAGACUCAACCUACUAUCAGUAUACCACAGUAGCAGUUGUGCCCGGGGCACCCCUUCCAACGGAGACGAGCGACUGGUUGUACACAGUGUUCCCUAAGAAAGUCGCCCUUCAAAGCAGUUCGGGGGGGACGGAUCUUGCUGCAGGCAUCGUUGGCGGCAACCUCAUCGUUCGUCUUCACGGAUCCCAGCUCGCCGCUCCGAUCCUCGGCAUGCAGGUCGAUAUCUGGGACCAGGACGGCAGGAACAUUGAGAAUUCGGGCCAGAAAGGAGACCUCGUCAUUACGAAGCCGUUCUUCAGCAUGCCCGUCACAUUUUGGGGUGAAGGGGGUCACGAGAAAUAUCGCAAGGCGUAUUUCGAUGUCUGCCCAGGCACCUGGUGUCACGGCGACCUCAUCUCCAAGGAUCUUGAGACUCAGAGUUAUGUCAUCCACGGUCGGAGUGAUGGAGUGCUGAACCCGAGAGGUGUCCGAUUCGGCACGGCUGAUCUCUAUAACAACAUCUUCAAGUUCUCCCAAGUCGAGGAUUGUAUUGCUGUCGGGCAGCGCCGGCCGAAGGAUAACGACGAGCGCGUGCUUCUCUUCCUCAAGAUGAGGGAUAAUGCCCGGCUAGAGAACUCCCUGCGUGCAUAUAUCGCAAAGGUCAUCAGAAAGGACUUAAGUAGGCGGCGAGUUCCAGCAUACAUAUUUCAGGUUCGGGACAUCCCAUACACGUCGAAUGGGAAGAAGAUCGAGAAUCUCGUCAGAGACAUAGUGUGCAGGGAGACGGUCAGGGUCGGCGGCACGGCGACAAACCCGGAGUGCCUGAAGGAGUACGAGCAAUAUCUUCAUCUGCCGUUGGUAGAAGAGAAGGCCAAGCUCUAA